AUGGCAUCAAGUCAGGGUGCUCUAAUUGACAUCACAGUGAAAACCCUGGACGGACAGAAUCGAACUUUCAGUGUUCCAGAAAAGUUAAAUGUGCGACAGUUUAAAGAAAAGAUCAGCACCAAUGUGGAAGUUCCAGCAGACAAUCAGAGACUGAUCUUCCAAGGACGAGUUAUGCAGGAUGACAAGGUUCUCAAGGAUUAUGAUAUUCAUGGCAAAGUGAUUCACUUAGUGCAGAGAGCCCCUCCAACCACAGCUUCAGCCUCGGGCAACCUCACUUCUACAGCUGCGUCUGCUUCUGCAUCUUCACCAGACAGACCUCACAACCCUUUGGAUGGUAACCUCCUUGAUGUGCAAAUACAUCUAGGGCGGGUUCAGAACACGCCGACCACACGAGAAGCCAGGGCUAGGCUCCGACAGGCAGAUUUUAAUUUACGACUUGUCAACGACGUUCUUACUCAGUUGGAGCAAAGGUUGGGGUCACUAUCUGACAACAGUGUUACGCAAGCUCUGUCAGGCUCGCAAACACCAGCAUCCACAUCUGCUGCAUCUACCGUCCCUGAUGGUGUCACUGAGGACAUGCAGGUUUCACCAGUUGCAGACGGGUCCAGUCAGAGAGAGAGAGAUCCCGCCGGGUCUGAGGCACAUAACGGUGCAGGGUCUAGAGAGCAGGCUGGACCAUCACCAGCUCAGAGUGGUUCAGAGCCAGCCGGGGCUGUGUCUGGUGAUGCUUUAGGCUUGAUGGCCGCAGACUUGGCCAACUUUCUGGACCAGGUUUUGAGCACCAAUGAAAGAGUUGCCUCCCAUAUACGACUGUACAGGGACAUCCUCCGCAGCGAGGUUGCCUACCCAGCCAUGUCAAGAGAGUCACAGGAUGUGCAAGAGGUAGCCAGCAGAGCUACAGAAGUUUUCCACGCUCUGGGCCACAUGCUACACAGUUUGAGCGAUGUGGUUGUGGACAUGGGGGCAGAUAUGCCCAGACAGGCUGUAGCCACUCCCUCUGCCCCGUUCCCUUUCCCUGGCAUCUCCGGAAUGCCUGGCACCACUAGUAUGGCCAUUCCUAUCCAUAUGAAUGUGAGAGCCAGACACAACAGCAAUGGGCGCAGACAAGCCAGCUCGACUGCCUCAACAACCAGUACAUCCACAGUGCCAACUGCCAGCACUGGGGCAGCAACAGCCAGCUUCAGUGGCUCUAGUACACCACCGCCGGCUGGCAUCAACAUCCCCCUCAUCAGCAACCCCACUAGAAGAUCAUUCCAGAUGCCACCUGUACCUCUGACCUUGCCCCCGAAUGUGACGACUACUGGAGAGCCUCAUGUCAUGGUAGACGUAUUGCCAGCUGGGAUUACCGUCCAUGAUAUUCGAGUCACUGCAGCUGGCAUUGAGGAUGAUUCUGAUUCUAGUGCUGAUUCCGUUGAUAAUAAUGGCAUCAGUGCAACCAUCACCACCAUCACACCUUCAGUAAAUACUGAGAAUCCGUUGCCAGCAACAGCUACUACAUCAUCGCCCGCUGCAAGUGCAUCAUCCACAGCUUCAUUGACUGCAUCAACACAACCUGCGACUCCUGCAACUGCAAGCACUGGAACAUUCACCUCCUCCACGGGUACAAAUUCACAUGCUUUCAUCUUUAGUCCUGGGGGUACCAUCAACAUUCGGGAAGUGCCCACUUUUGCCUCUGGGCAAAUGCCCAAUGUUCCAGGCUUGCCUGCUGGCAUGUUUCAGAAUAUUGUGGGAUCAAUUCUCAACACACAUGGCAUUGGACCCGAUCAACAGAUCCAGGUGAACAUUCUGCCACAGACAGCAGAUAUACCUACUAUGCAUGGUGUCCAGUUGAUACAACAACGUCUGAACAACCGAGAUGAAGCCAGAACGGCAGCUGCACAGUUUGGCCCUGAAGAACAGCAGGCUGUUGUAGAACAGUUUCUAGCUGGGAUCGGAUUACCAGGAGGUUUGAACACAGUUUCACACGCAUCCUCAAGCAACAACACCACCUCCUCCACAGGAAAUCAGUCAAAUACCACUACUUCUAGUGCAACAGCAGCCCCAAGCACCACUCCUUCCAGUGCAACAUCUACAACGACCCCAAGCACCACUUCGUCUGCGACUACUGUCAACUUUGGUGGCACAAGUAGGAGUUCUUUUCCCACUGGCUUCAGCUGGACAAAUCCAGUGCCACUGACCUUCGGCACAGCAAGUGACCCCAGCUCCAAUGCCCGGGCGACACGCAACCCACCUUUCAGUUUUCAUCAGUUUGGUUCACCUAGCCAAGCCAGGCCACAGGCAGGGCAGCCCAGAGCUCCAGCUUCUGGGCCACUGCGGCGGAGUUACGUAGAUCCUUACCUCCCUUGUUCCUCGCCUCACUACUCGUCACAGACUGCACUGGCGACUUUCAGUGCAAUGCAGGCGCAGUCUAGAGGGCAGCCGGUUCCAGAACAGAUCCCAAAUUUAAGCACUAUGGUUUCCGGGAUGGUGGGGGAUAUCAUGGAGCAAGUUGCAGCUGCAGCAAAUGGAGAGAAUCGAACCCGCACCAGCAGCACCACUUCAGUCAGCACUUCUUCAUCCAGCACACCCUUGAGAGCAACAGCAGCUGCAGGCCUCAGACCCCAGUAUGGAACCCUCAACCCCAUGGAAAUGUUCACCCACUUACUGGGCAGACAGACUGGGUCUGCACCAGCCAAUCCACAGCCACAGAGCACACCUUUGCCUAGCACCGCCAGCGACCCAGCUGCCAACAGAGAACCUGCAGCAGCUUCAGCAGGGUGGACCUUGGCGGACCUGUUCACUCGUGUCGGACGUACUAGUGGAGACGUGACAGUUAUAAUAUCCCUACUGGAAGCAGUAGCCCCACACAUGGGCCUGACAGAUCUCUUCUCACUGUUCAUGGGCAACACGCGGGUCCUCAACCAGCUCCGCGAGCCCCUGCAGGUUUUUGUCAGGAGGCAGGUGACCCACUUUGGCUCUGUGGAUCAAGUUGUGGAGGCAGCACUGGCUGACAUGUACCCAGAGAUUCAGCACCUCCAGAGUUUGGUGGAACUGAAAGAUGGGUUAGACUUGGCCGAGUCUCUGCGCAGCUGUCUGAAGGUUCAUCUGACUAUCAUUUUUACAGCAAUCCAUUCAGACAGUGCAGGUGCACAAGGAGAUUUUGGUAACCACAUGUACAGGCUGUGGAUGAAGAUGAUGGCAGACUCCAUUGGACUGUGCAUCUACUGUAUGCGUGAUGGCCAGACAGGGUUUUCAAACAUGGUGCAGAGUUAUAUGCCUCGCAUGACACAAGGCAUGAGUCCAGCUAUCACGGUGUGGAUGACAACAUCUCUGCAGGACAUCUUUCAGUCUUUCUAUCAAAACCAUCCAGUGACAGAUUCAGACAUCGUUGGCUACGUUGUGAAGUCACAUCCAGAAAGGUCAGCUGUGUCUACUUCUGAAGGACUUGGUCAGUCGUCAGCAGUUUCUGAUGGUCGCUUGUCUCCAGACCAUGGGGCAGUCAGUGUUUCCACUUGCACUUUGUCGAAUGAUUCAUCUCCAAGUCCUAUGGAUACAGCUGAACCACUAUCAUCACAGGGAAGGGUGGCCAGGCUUGCUCUUGACGAAGAUCUAGACGAGAAUGACAUUUUUGAAGAUGCUCAGGAGAGCAUCAUUGGCCUGGCACCUCUGCAGAACCGGCCCAAUACUAUAGCAGUCCAAGCCAGUCGUGUUGGCAGGGCUGUUGAGCGCAGUGGAAACUUGAGAAAUGGGCGGAGCUCUGAUGAUUGGCAGUCUGUGGUACCGCAGGAUUGGAUUCCAGUAAUCAGCAGAGAUAUAAUCAGACAACAGAAUCAGAGGACCCAGCCUCCGCUCAGUGAUGCCUACUUGCAAGGUCUGCCAGCAAAACGUCGACGAAUGGCGUCCCUGGAACAUGCCGAUGAGAUGGGCAACAUGCCACUGUACCUACCAACCUCCUUGAAACGGGCAGCCCGAGCUGCCGAUGCCGAACCCAUAAGCAGUGAAGAAAACAUGGCUCAGGAAGCGGCCGAUGAUCUGGACCUGCAGACAGAGCUGGAGAGUGAAGUGACCAGGAUGCUGGCAUCUCGAAUCACUUCCGACCAGGACUUUGCCUCAGACCGGUUUCCAAAUGCCAAAGAGUACUUUCAAAAAUCCAACCAUCGCUAA